GCUACUUCAAAAUGCUUCGUAACAGUCGGUAUAAUAUAUCACUGACCGGAAAUGAGUCACAGUACUAAGUAGUUUGAGAAGGCUUACGGUCAAAAGCAAAGGCUCAGUUAAAUAAUGUACACGGUUUGGCUGAUAUUCAAGAUGUGAUUCGCUGAUGCUCUUACUUGCUUACUUUGACUAAGUAUUGAGAAAGCCUGUUUUAGUUUGAAUGCACUUGCAAUUUAGUACAUGUGCCUAAAUAAUAAUACAACGUACGUCAUAUUGUACAAAAUUAGGAGUAGUUUUCAGAUGCUAGAGCAUCGAACGGUAACGAGCUUCCAAUUUUGGGGAAACUCUCGAAGUCAAAUGACCUUCACCAAAGUUUGGGGAAAUACCCAAUGUCAAAUGACCUUGACCAAGGUUAAAGGGGAGUUUUGGGGUUUUUGUGCCGUUUCCCCCAAAUUGGGAGCUUGGGUUAUGUAUGUUAAUUUUAAUCGCCAAGUCUUAGAACAACUUGGAGAAAUCUGCAAAGAAAGAACAGCUGAUGCAUUAUUAAUAAGGCACGUGUACUAAAUCGCAGGUGCAUUUAAAUCCAAACAGGCUUUCUCAACACUGAGUCAAAGGGUUUUCCAUCUAAUACAUCAGAUUGAAUAAGGCGAAUUGUAGUCAUCUGUCUAUAUUCAUCACAUAUUCAAUGAAAUACUCGAUUGACUUUAUUCGUAUUGGGUGGACAAGGCGUAUUUCAGAUCACUACUUUAGUUCUGCAUGUACGAUAUCAUUACUAAGAGGACCUAAAUUGAUUCUUGUUGACCCUGGUAGUCCAUGGGAUUCGCAGUGGCUUCUUUCUCAGCUCUCAUCUCGUGGAGUAAAUCCUUAUGAUAUUGAUUUUGUUGUUUGUACACACGAUCACGUCGAUCAUAUUGGAAGCUUACAUAUAUUCCCAAACUCUACUCGGAUUGUGGGCGAGAAUUUCGAAGUUCAAGGUCUUAAAGAUUGCUUCAGUAUUCUCAAAACGCCUUAUGAGAUCGACUCCUUGAUUCACAUAAUAUCUACACCUGGGCACACUUUGUCAGACAUAUCAGUCAUUGUAGAGGAUAUUGACCAAUUCGGUCGUGUUGCCAUAGUGGGUGACUUGUUUGAAUGUGAGCAAGAUAUUAUUGAUCCAUCUUUGUGGCAUUCAUCUAGUAACGAUGUAAGCAUUCAACAAAAAAACAGAGAAUUCAUUAUCGAUAACUUUGACUACAUUGUUCCAGGUCAUGGACCAGCCUUUAAAGCUACUAAAAGGUGGCAAAACUAACUUUGUAUGCAUUUUUACCCCGUUCAUUGUAAUCCACUCGACAUUCGUUACACUUUUGUUGUCUGUCAUGAAAUUCUAUGGAAUAAUCAUUUGUCUUUCUAAGUUAUUAUAAGUCGCAAAAUUCUUUGAUUUUCCCAUUAUAUUUCCGAGAAUUUCAUUUAGUUAUGACAUCAUAGAAUAAAGUUAUUAUUAGUCAAGACAUAGUAAA